AUGUUUGGGAGCUGUCUGGUGGAAGCGGCCAUGUCGCGAGUAACUCAAACACGCACCUUCCCAGCGAGCUUCCCGCUCCUGAGCCUUGUCCUGGUGCUGCUCGUCCAUGCAGAGGGCACCCAUGCAGAGAGCCCCAGUGAACUGCCCGCCAACGACACCGAGGAGUGCGCUGGCUCCUAUAUCUGCAAAAAGGGUGUGAUUUUACCAAUAUGGGAACCCCAGGACCCCUCGUUUGGGGACAAAAUCGCUCGGGCAACGGUGUAUUUUGUAGCAAUGGUGUACAUGUUCCUGGGUGUGUCCAUCAUAGCCGACCGCUUCAUGUCCUCCAUCGAAGUCAUCACGUCCCAAGAGCGGGAAAUAACCAUCAAGAAGCCCAACGGCGAGACCAGCAAAACCACCGUGAGGAUCUGGAACGAGACUGUUUCCAACCUCACGCUGAUGGCCUUGGGUUCCUCUGCUCCGGAGAUCCUCCUGUCUGUUAUCGAGGUGUGCGGCCAUGGCUUCACAGCGGGGGACUUAGGGCCGAGCACGAUCGUGGGGAGUGCUGCCUUCAACAUGUUUGUCAUCAUUGCAAUCUGUGUGUACGUGGUGCCAGACGGAGAGAUAAGGAAGAUCAAGCACUUGCGAGUGUUUUUUGUUACAGCGGCCUGGAGCAUCUUUGCCUACACUUGGCUUUACAUUAUUUUAUCUGUAUCUUCUCCUGGGAUUGUGGAGGUUUGGGAAGGCUUGCUCACCUUCUUCUUCUUCCCCAUCUGUGUAGUGUUUGCCUGGAUAGCUGACAGGAGGCUUUUAUUUUACAAGUACGUCUACAAGAAAUACCGAGCUGGCAAGCAGAGAGGUAUGAUCAUCGAGCAUGAGGGUGACCGGCCCUCCUCCAAGGCUGACAUCGAGAUGGAUGGAAAGGUUGCUAAUUCUCACGUGGAGAACUUUUUGGAUGGGACACUGGUGUUGGAGGUGGAUGAGAAAGACCAGGAUGACGAGGAAGCCAGGAGGGAAAUGGCUCGGAUCCUGAAGGAGCUGAAACAAAAGCACCCGGACAAGGAAAUCGAGCAGCUCAUAGAGCUGGCCAACUACCAAGUCCUGAGCCAGCAGCAGAAGAGCAGGGCUUUCUACCGCAUCCAGGCCACUCGGCUCAUGACCGGCGCUGGCAACAUCCUGAAGAGACACGCUGCAGACCAGGCCCGCAAAGCCGUCAGCAUGCACGAGGUCAACAGCGAGGUGACCGAAAAUGACCCCGUGAGCAAGCUCUACUUCGAGCAGGGCACCUACCAGUGCUUGGAGAACUGCGGCACCGUGGCCCUGACCAUCGUCCGCCGGGGAGGAGACCUGACCAACACGGUGUACGUCGACUUCCGGACAGAGGACGGGACGGCCAACGCCGGCUCUGACUACGAGUUCACUGAAGGGACAGUGGUCUUCAAGCCUGGAGAGACCCAGAAGGAAAUCCGUGUCGGCAUAAUUGACGACGACAUAUUUGAGGAGGAUGAGAACUUCCUGGUCCAUCUCAGCAACGUCCGUGUGAGCACCGAGGCCUCAGACGAGGGCGUUCUUGAGGCCGGUCGUGUCUCAACACUUGCCUGCUUGGGAUCACCAUCUACCGCCACGGUCACCAUUUUUGACGAUGACCACGCCGGCAUCUUCACCUUCGAGGAGCCAGUAACGCACAUCAGUGAAAGUGUAGGAACCAUGGAAGUGAAAGUGUUGCGAACCUCUGGAGCACGAGGAAAUGUUAUUGUGCCCUACAAAACCAUCGAAGGCACGGCCAAAGGUGGAGGAGAGGACUUUGAAGACACCUGCGGGGAGCUGGAGUUCCAGAAUGAUGAGAUAGUCAAAACGAUAUCAAUCAAGGUGAUAGAUGAUGAGGAGUAUGAGAAAAACAAGACCUUCUACCUAGAGAUCGGGGAGCCCCGGCUGGUGGAGAUGAGUGAGAAGAAAGCCCUGUUGUUGAAUGAGCUUGGUGGCUUCACCAUCACAGGGAAACUCUGGAAUGGCAAACCUGUCUUCAGGAAGGUCCAGGCUAGAGAUCAUCCUCUUCCUUGCACCGUGAUCUCCAUCCAAGAGGAGAAUGAAGAAAAGCAGCCACUGACCAGCAAGGAGGAGGAAGAACGUCGGAUUGCAGAGAUGGGGCGCCCAGUCCUGGGGGAGCACACCAAACUCGAGAUCAUCAUUGAGGAAUCCUAUGAGUUUAAGAACACGGUGGACAAGCUCAUUAAGAAGACGAACCUGGCCCUGGUGGUUGGCACAAACAGCUGGAGGGAGCAGUUUAUUGAGGCCAUUACUGUCAGCGCGGGGGAAGACGACGAUGACGAUGAAUGCGGGGAGGAGAAGCUGCCCUCCUGCUUUGACUACGUGAUGCACUUUCUGACCGUCUUCUGGAAGGUCCUUUUUGCCUUCGUGCCCCCAACAGACUACUGGAAUGGCUGGGCUUGCUUCGUUGUCUCCAUCCUCAUGAUUGGCCUCCUGACAGCUUUCAUUGGCGACCUGGCAUCCCACUUUGGCUGCACCAUUGGAUUGAAGGACUCCGUCACUGCCGUCGUGUUUGUCGCCCUGGGGACAUCGGUGCCAGACACAUUUGCCAGCAAAGUAGCAGCCACACAGGACCAGUACGCGGACGCCUCCAUCGGGAACGUCACCGGGAGCAACGCUGUGAACGUUUUCCUGGGCAUUGGGGUGGCCUGGUCCAUCGCAGCCAUCUACCACGCGGCGCACGGACAAGCCUUCCAAGUCUCCCCUGGCACACUGGCCUUCUCCGUCACCCUCUUCACCAUUUUUGCUUUUAUCAGUGUGGGAGUGCUGCUCUACCGGCGGAGACCCGAGAUCGGAGGUGAGCUGGGCGGGCCGCGGACUUCCAAGCUGCUCACAUCCUCACUGUUUAUCCUCCUCUGGCUCUUGUACAUAUUCUUCUCAUCUCUGGAAGCCUACUGCCACAUAAAGGGCUUCUAA